AGGAAGAUUUAGAUGCUAUGCAGAAAGAGUUGGACGUGUGGAAAAAAGAAAAUAAAGAACAGAGCUUAGCACUGAAGCGAGAACAGAGCAUAACAGAUAAGGCCAUAGAACCUCUUAAAGCUCAGCUAUCAGAGAUUGACCAGGCUAUCGUUGACCAGAUGGAUCUUAUAGCUGCUGUCAAGAGUAACAUCAUUUCCAACGACCAGAAAAUAGAGAAAAUGUUACGUAGUAUCAGCAAGUCUUGAGUGUUGCUUAUGCUACAUUUUACAGUGUGUGUGAUGCUUGUCCAGUAUUCCUUUUGUAUGAAGGAAAAUACCAUUUCUGAUCAAUGAUCCAGCAGAUACUAGGUGCAUUUGACACAUUACUGAAUCUGUAUUAAUGGCCAGAAUUCCUUCUGUGUGAAGGAAAGAUCAUUUCAGUGAUCCAACAGAUACUAGGUGCAUUUGACACAUUACUGAAUCUGUAUUUGAGGCCUUAAACAAACUCAUGAGGUUAAGGUCAUUGCAUUGGUGUCAUGUAAUACACUGGUUAUGCAAUUAUCCAAGAUCAGAUGGAGUAUAACAUCUGAUGUUUCGGCAAAUAACUUGAAAUCUUGGCAAACCUCAAGUCAACCAGAUGGAAAACUGAAAUUUGGCCACACAACUGGUAUGAUUGGCACUAAAAUCACACUACUGUUGCUGAAAUCACACAAAGGCUGCUCAUACUGGGGUGUGUUUGUUAAGAAAAAAAAUCCAUUGUUCUUUUAAAGUGUCGAUGUAUUAGUAAUUUCUAUUCUUUCUCAUAUACGUAACAUAUCAAAUUUCUCUUGUUGUGCAUGUGUAUUACUAGGAGGGAAGGGGGCUAAUAUACUAUGGUGAGCACCUCCCAGUAAGUUCCUUGCUUGUGAUGUUAUGAUUACUCCGAAAGUUCCAACAUAUCUGAUCAAGAGAGAUCUUGCAUUUGCCUUAAUACUGAUUUUCGAAGAGGAAUCAUGUCCACUCCAUGUAAAAAGAACAGCCAGUAUUUGUACCCAUCAUAACAAUCUUCCCUUAAUCUGAGCUUUAUUUACAAGCUAAUAUUAAGGAUCAAUAUUCAGGAUUAAAUCCUUUCGUUAACUUUUAUAUGGUGUAUAUAUUUACGUAUAUAUAUGUCUGUUACAAAGCUGUAUAUAAUUUGAAGUAUUCGGGUUAAAUGUUAAGUAAAAAUUCCUAAGGUUUUGUCAGUGAAAGAUCCUUUUUUCAUUUGAAGUGUAUGAAGCAGAGAUUUGAUAUUAUUACCUUAAAUGUGUUUUUGCUGUUCAAAGAUCUUUUUCUGACAGUGUAAUCAGUACUGAGACUGCUUUGGCCUGUGUCAUGUCAGAUUGUCAAUAACAUUAGUCUGUAGUUAGCAUAAACUACUUACCCGGAGUUACCUGUGUCAUUUUUUGGAUCACUGGAUCAUUGUGUCAAAUUACUGGUACCUGUAGCUCUGUAUUCUAGCCAUUGUUAUAUUAUUAUUAACAGUUGUGUACGCUUAAAUGGCAAACUGUGAAAAGUAGAUCUGAGAAAGGAUCACUCAUUAUUCAUUUGCACUUAUUUUGCCAAACCAGGUAACUCCUGUUAACACUGUAAAAUUAUUUAUCAGCCCUAAUUUAUUUUGUUUGAACAUGAUGUGUUAUGUGCUUAUGUUUGUACACUCAGGAUGUCAUGCAUGACAGUGCUUGUAUCAUGCUGUUGUGAGACCAAUCAUUUAUUAAAACUACCAAAACAUAAAAUGCCGUAUCUUUUAUUAAGACAUACCGUACUUUAUUUAUAUACACUGUAGUGAUGUUGCUAAGACCCAUGUCCGUGACCUACUAUGUAGAUUUUUAUUUAUUUGCCUGCUUAUACAACAAUUUACUAAGUUAAAGCUUCCUGUUUUUUUUAGUAUAUAAUUGCCAUAAUAUUGAUUUCAAACAGGGGGAAGGUAAGAAAAAAAAUUAAGCAUUUGUUGCUGAUAAUUAGUUUUUUUAGUUUGCGCAAUAUAUGUACAUGGCUGUCCCAAGUUUAUCAGUGUAUAUUUUUGUAACUUGUCAUUUUCAGGUUAUAUAUUGUUUGUUACUCAUUGUUAGAUUAAACUCCGUCCAUUUUUCAGUCCGAAGUAAAAAAAAAA